CGCUACGUCAAAUAUCUUCUUCAAAUGAUAUUGUUCAGUUCGCAUAACCAUGAAAAUAAUCAAGAUCAUUAUUGACAAGGGGAUUUAUAUCUGAGAUAAUUGCCCAUACAUGUUCGUGAACAUCAUGAUUUAAGUGAGAAUAAUAAUGAUCAUAAUCAACACAGAGGAACCAACAAGGAGUGAAUUUUUCAAUUUUUGAGGUUACCGCACAUAACAUGAAUUGUUUGGUUCGCCAAAUAUUGCAAUAAACCAAUUUUAGUGAUUUUUACUUGAUGGAAAAGAUGUCCAGGAUGUUGAAUUGUUUCGGAAGCAUAAACUACGUGUAUCUCGUAGUAUUGUCAGGUCAUUUUCUGGCCUUAACUGGCGAUGCAUCCAUUGCAUGGCCAUCACCGGUGUUGACAAAACUGAGCAGCAACGGCACAGAAAAUCCAUUAGGAGAACCUUUGACCGAAGAUGAACAGACCUGGAUAGCAUCGAUAAGUGGAUUGGGAUCGCUCAUUGGUGUCAUUCCAUUUUGUUUUCUGCCUGAUUUGAUAGGAAGAAAACCCAGUCUCCUUCUCAUCUCGAUACCACACAUGUUGUCAUUCGGAAUCUCAGCUUUUGCAAAUACAAUAUAUAUGUUUUAUGUAGCUAGAUUUCUCAGCGGACUGUCGAUUAGUGCAUGCUACAUUGUACUGCCAAUGUAUGUGGCGGAAGUAUCUGAGAACUCCAACAGGGGCCUUAUGCUUGUAUCCUAUGCGAUAUUCUCGAAUUUCGGUAGUUUGUUAAGUUACGUCACUGGUCCUUAUUUAUCCAUGUUUUGGUUUAACAUUUUCUUGUUGAUGUUUCCAGUAACUUUCUUCGUUUUAUUUUCAUUUAUAGCGCCUGAAUCGCCCUAUUAUUACGUUCUCAAAAAAGACUAUACAGGAGCAGUAAAAUCUAUCGAAAAACUCAGACGUAACAAUUAUUACAAAAAUUCCGAACUCGAAUUGAGAAAUAUUCGAGUUGAAUUGGAAAAUUUGGAAAGAGGUAAUAUUUUAAAUACAUUAACGAAAAGACAUGCUAUUAAAGGUAGUUUAAUAGCUUUCGUCUUGACUUCAUUCCAACAAUUGUCUGGAUAUGCAGUUUUUAUACCCUACGCCCAACAAAUAUUUAUCCAAGCCGGUAGCAGUAUUGAUAAUUCUGCAAUAUGCUCCAUGAUUGUGGGAAGUGUUGCAUUUUUUUCCAGUUUCCUAUGCCCUUUCAUUAUUGAUAAAAAGGGUCGUAGAUUCGUUUUAACGAUAUCAAUUUUUGGUAUUAUUAUUUCUGAAAUAAUUUUUGGUAUUUUUUACUAUAUGGUAGAAGAGAACUAUGAUACAAGUUCAAUAAAAUGGAUUCCACUAGCGUGUUUGAUGGGAUAUAUGUUAUUUUUCACUUUUGGAUUAGGACCAUUGCCAUUAACGGUUACUUCGGAAAUUUUGCCAGGUAACAUAAAAUUUUUAAUUUCAACCCUGGCUGGCACUUUGGGUACCGUAGGUUCAACAGUGCUCCAAAAGAACUACUACUAUUUGAACAAUAAUUUGCAUUACUUUGGGACUAUUUGGUUGUUUGCCGGACUCUGUACAUUUUUGUUGAUUUUUGUACUGUUGGUUCUUCCCGAAACAAAAGGAAAAAGUUUUUCAGAAAUUUUAGAAGAUUUGGAUAAAUGAUUCUUUGUUGGUUGAAGAAAAAUCAACAUCUUCCAAAGUAUACUCACAUUACGAAUUUUUCUUUAUGUUAACUGCACAAAGAUAACACCAAAGUGUGAUUCAAAAUUUGAUAUUAUUAUUGACCGAAUAUUUUUGAUUUUUAAAAUUUUUAUUGUUUUGUUUUCAUUAGUCGAUUUGUUUUGACUAUUUAUAUUUGACCUACUACCUUAAUUAUAUUAAUUAAAAAUUUAGCUGUGAUUUGAAAAAUUGUAUGUUUUGGGUUGAAAUAUUUUCACUCACCAAGAAAUGUCUUGCAUGUAAAAUAAUCAAUAUGGAUCAGAAGACACAACUGUGAUUUCAAGAAUUUAUACACAAUCAGAAUAAUGUAAUGUUCUGAAUACCAGUCAAAUUUCCUCAUUCCGUUGAUCAGAAUGUGAAGUAUGUGACGAAAAUUUGUCAUAUUUACUUAAAAAUCUUUUUAACUCUCAUGAAGUAUUAUAUAUGUAUAGCUCUUUAUACUAGUUUGAUUUUAGUUCCUAACUUGAAUAGCAAAUUUAGGUGUUUUUGUGCUAGGUAAUUGUUUUACUUGUCCUAGGUGAAAUAUUAUUUCUAUUUAUUCUUUUCAUGUUAUUAUGUAUAAUGAUGUCUUAAAAACUUUUUCCCCAACUUGGUUUGAGGUGUUUUACAUUUUAUUGUUUUUCUUGAAUUUUUUUUGUAGAAAUAUAGAAUUUUUUAAUUAA